UCGGCGGCAUAUAAAUUUCUUUAGCAUCAAGAAAUGAAUAGAAGUGUCGAAUUGAUAAGUUUAAGCUAUUGAAGAACUUGAGACAUAUCUUAGUUUGUGAAAGACACUUCAGUCUCCAAAAUGUCUUCAAACAUCAUUUACAGUAAUCAAGCAAGCAAAAUAUUUAUUUAUAACUCAACAGAAAAUAAACCAAAUAUUGAUAAUGAAAACAUUGAGCCAACAAACACUUCAUCUAUCACAAUUUUGACGUCCGGAAUUCCGGAAUAUCACAUCCGAAUCAAAAAUAAUUAUAAUAACAGCAAUGAAGCUUCGAAAAAUAGUGACACAAGUGAAUCUGAAAAUCAUGAAUCAAAACCAUUCGUAAAAACUGAGUUUUCAAUGAACGAAGAUGUUUUGAUGAAAAGUAUUGACGAUAAGCUUGAGCGCUACUACUUGGGAACAAUUGUAAGAAUCAAAAAUGGAAACUAUUUGGUAAAAUUUGACGAUAACACUGAAAAAUGGGCAACCGAAACAGGCUUGAAGAAGUUUACAACUUCUAUAAGCCAAACUGAUAACGAUGAGCCUUUAUGUGUUAUUUGUAAGAAUGUUAAAGAUGAUGAUGUCGUUGAAGUUUGUAACAAAUGCAGUCGUGGUUAUCAUCGUCAUUGCAUCAAGUUAAAUGAGUCAAUUUCCUCAUCACCUUGGUGUUGUGAUCGUUGUACAGCCAGCGAAGUUAUUAGUAUUAGCGAUUCCGAGGAUAAUGAAAAUGAUGACACUGCCGAAGAUGUCAAACUUCCUUAUGAUCUCUCGUCACUUUCAUGGGACUCGCGUCAUAGAGAAAAUAAAGAAGAAAUUUAUUGUUAUUGUGGAGAAACAGGGUUUUGGAAGAAGAGAAUGCUUCAAUGUACUCGCUGCCAGCAAUGGUUUCAUGUUGAAUGCAUUCAAGCUUUCAAAGGAUAUUUAAUGCACGGCGAUGCAUUUUUUGUAUUCUGUUGCAAGAUUUGUAAUGAUGGUAACGAAUAUGUAACUCGUCUUUCAUCAAUGUCCUGGAAAGAUACAACACAACUUGUUGUACAUGAAUUAAUGAUGAUUCGAUCACAAAAAAAGUUUAGUAUUUUGAAAGACGUUGUGCCUUUUAUUUGGGAGAAAUGGAAUCAAUUGAAUCUUCCCUUUGAGAAACAUCAUUCCAAAGAUAAGCUUGAAAAGAAAGUUUUGUCAAUCGUCAGGAAAUCGGAUGAAUUUAGGUUUCCUGCAACAGGUAGUAAGAAGAAAAAUGAUUCUGUGUGCUUGCGCCGGAAAUCACCACCAACACUGCCGAAAAUUAUUAUUCCUAUAAAUUUGCCAGUAUGCGAUGAGACUUUGAAGAAACUUGGCAUUAAAGUAUUCACUGUGAAAGACGAAGAUGUAUCAUUGAAUGAUAAGAUGAAAUGUAAUGAGGUGCUUGAAGCUUCUUUGUUUAAAAACCAAAACAAAAGACGGAAGAAGACAAACAGAAGCGUUUCAAAUACGCCAAAUGAAAGCAUUCAAGUUGAUAUGAUGAUGAAUGAUGAUUCAUCUGAUGAGAAUUCGAGCAAAAGUACACUCGAUUGGAUUAUUCCGCCGCCUUCGAACUUUCAUGGUCUUAAUAAUCCUUUCCACAGUCAAUAUAAAGCAAAUUUAAAUUUUUCUGGAAAGAUUAUGAAGAAAGGAAAGUCGACAAUUUUUGAUAAACAACCAGAAAUUAGAAUUGUUCGAACAAUCAAACGUCGUUUAAGUGCAAAAGAUUUAGAAAGACAAGGAGAUUCAAAACGUCGUAAAGUCACAAAACGACACAAGUCUUCUGAUGUGGAAAUAAUCAGUGAAAUCAUUCAACCAAUGUCAAUGCCUUUGCCGACUCAUUUGCCAUUUCGUGCAAUUGAAUCGUCGAAAGACGGCAUUCGAAGUAUCAUGUCUUAUGACUCUGCUCAGGAUAAAGAUUGUGAACUUAGUUAUAUGAAUGCGCAACAAACAUCAAGACAAUCACGCUUACAGCGACAAAGCAGAGGAAAGUUUGGGGAAGAAAUCAAUGAUAAUAAUUUCAACUCUGAGAAUAGAAACUCUGCUAACAUAAGUUUAACAGAUACCGUCAUAAACUCGCCAAUAAAGAAUAAAUCUAUUAAUUUAUAUUUUGGAGCGUUCGAUCGAAUGGAAAAUGGUGAAAAUUUUCGGAUUUUAGCUAAAAGAAUAACGUUUGAUGGCAAGGAACAAUAUUUGCUCGAAUGGGAUUCUUCUGUUAAGAGUGAAUCGCAAAAUUCAUAAACAUUUUUAUUCGUCUGAUUCAUUUUGAAUUCAUUUAAACAGAUUAAAUGUUAGAAAACUGACAGAUUCUUAAUCAUAAUUCAACGCUACAUGAAAGUAGUUUCCAAGUAAUUAACAACUGCCAGAAUUUAACAAACAUUUCUUUACAUCCAAUAUUCAACUUUAAUUUUUCAUUUUUUUAUUAUCACGAUCACAAUAAAUUCAAUUAUUUUAUUUGAUAAUCAUUGUACUUGAAAAGCGUGUUGUGCACACUAAAUUUAUUUUUCUUAAUUGUAAUCUUAUAAAGGGACUAAUAAAACAUUGUUUAGUAAUAAA